AGGCAGGUUUCGCGCAGGCGCAGUGGCUUUAGAGGUCAGCGCGCCGAGUCGCGUGCGAGAGUCGCCAUGUCCUGGAUUUUUGGUUUGAACAAGGGGAGUCAGCAAUCCGGCUCCGGUGACACAGGAUCCCCACUACCGCCCGUGCCUCCAGCUUUACCCGGCGGAGGAGGAAACGAUGGCUCUGACCGCGACCGGCACAAAGACAAAUGGACCAACUUCGACCCGACCGGCCUGGAACGCGCAGCCAAAGCGGCCCGGGAUCUGGAUUCAUCCCGUCACGCCAAGGAUGCGCUGGAUCUCUCUCGGUUACAGGAGCAAACCGUCCAGUUGGAGCAUCAAAGCCGCAUCAAGGAAUAUGAAGCUGCUGUGGAACAACUAAAAAGUGAUCAAAUCAAAGUGCAGGGAGAAGAGAAACGGAAAACACUCGCCGAAGAAACGAGGCAACACCAGGCACGAGCUCAGUAUCAGGACAAACUGGCAAGACAACGCUAUGAUGACCAACUCCGCCAGCAGCAAUUAUUGAAUGAGGACAAUUUGAGGAAACAAGAGGAAUCGGUUCAGAAACAGGAAUCUAUGCGAAGAGCCACCAUUGAACACGAGAUGGAGCUCCGACACAAAAAUGAGAUGCUUCGAAUUGAGGCUGAAGCUAAAGCCCGUGCGAAGGUUGAGCGAGAGAAUGCCGAUCUGAUCAGAGAACAGAUCCGGUUGAAAGCUGCAGAGCAUCGUCAGACUGUCCUUGAUUCCAUUAAGACAGCUGGUGCAGUGUUUGGAGAAGGAUUCCGGGCCUUUGUUUCCGACUGGGACAAAGUGACAGCUACAGUGGCUGGUCUCACACUACUGGCUGUGGGUGUUUACUCUGCCAAGAAUGCUACAGGAGUCGCUGGACGAUACAUUGAGGCUCGACUGGGUAAACCAUCCCUGGUUCGUGACACCUCCCGUAUCACGUUAGUGGAAGCACUGAAGCACCCGAUCAAAGUUGGUAAGCGUGUGAUGAGCAAGCCACAGGACGCGCUGGAAGGAGUGGUGUUGAGUCCCAAAUUGGAGGAACGUGUCAGAGAUAUUGCCAUAGCAACCCGAAACACCAAAAGCAACAAAGGACUGUACCGAAAUAUCCUAAUGUAUGGGCCUCCGGGUACAGGGAAAACCCUGUUUGCUAAGAAACUGGCUGCACAUUCCGGUAUGGAUUAUGCUAUUAUGACAGGUGGUGAUGUGGCUCCUAUGGGUCGUGAGGGUGUCACGGCCAUGCACAAAGUCUUUGACUGGGCAUCCACCAGCAGGAGAGGGCUUUUGCUGUUUGUGGAUGAGGCGGACGCGUUCCUUCGAAAGAGAGCAACAGAAAAAAUUAGCGAAGACCUGAGAGCAACCUUGAAUGCAUUCCUGUACCGGACAGGGGAGCAGAGUAACAAGUUUAUGCUGGUGUUGGCUAGCAAUCAACCAGAGCAGUUUGACUGGGCCAUCAAUGAUCGUAUUGAUGAAAUUGUUAACUUCGAUCUGCCAGGACUAGAAGAGAGGGAGCGACUGGUCAGGCUAUAUUUUGACAAAUAUGUCCUGAAACCGGCCACAGAGGGAAAACAGCGCCUGAAAGUGGCACAGUUUGACUAUGGCAAGAAAUGCUCUGAGCUUGCUAGAGUGACUGAAGGGAUGUCGGGCAGAGAGAUUUCCAAACUUGGAGUAGCCUGGCAGGCUGCAGCAUAUGCCUCUGAAGAUGGUGUUCUGACUGAGGCAAUGAUCGAUUCCAGGGUGACCGAUGCGAUUCGGCAACACAAGCAGAAAAUGGAAUGGCUGAAGAAUGAGGGCAGGGAGAAGACUAAAGAUGUAGAGCAUCUUGUGCCAACCUUUCCAGAAGGCACACUGGUCUGAGUGUCAAUCAGAACAACGACUGUACCCUGCAACUGAGCUAAGAACCCUGGAAUUGAACUGAACUGCACCAACGUAAAAACAUGCUUGAAUAUGCACUUUGCACUCUUAAGGGGUAUUCAUCAAUGAUUGUCCAGUGAUAUGAACAGCUUUACACAUGAGUUCAACCCAGACAGCAGUCAGUUGAUUCUCUGUUGGACCUCCAGCUCGCACUCAGCAGAUUGUCUGUACAUUUUGUAACCGGUAGAAAGCAGCUUGUUAAUGAGAGGAGAUGUGAAGUGGCAUUUCUGUCAGUCUCCGUCUGUCACAUCAGCCGUAACAUACGUGUCCUGUCAUUAACAGGAUAUUCACUGUUUAGCCUGACCUGGGAAGAGCAUGUGAUGGUGAACUCUGUGCAAUCAAGUAUCCAUGUGGAGGAAAUGUUUUGCGUUUCUGUGGUGUGUUUUGGUUCUGGGUUGCUGUCAGCACUGGGCGUGAUCUAUAAUCUACAGUUGGAUUCAUCAUGUUUGAGACCGAAUCCCUUGUUGUCCACCUACCUCAAAUAUACUUCUGGAAAUGAACAUUUUCACUCAUCUUUCAAUAGCGAUACCUACAGAUUCACUGCCAGGUUACAGUUGUGGUAAAAGUAAUUAUUGGUUCACAGCUCAGAGGAUCACUGAACUGAGUUUUACUGUGAGAAAUUGAAACUGCCAUUUAAUAGUCACUGAACUUCUCAAAUAAAGAGGAGUGAGGGCUAUCUAGAAAGUCCCAACUCCUUCUGCAUUGUUAAGUAUAAUCCCAUACAGUUGUACCAUGUUAAUGUCAUCUGUAUAGAAUUAAAUUAGGCUGAUGGCUGAGCCCUUUACAUCUGUCCUGUUCAUCUCUUCGCCAGUGACCCCACUGAAUAUCUCAUUAUGGAAUUCUUGUAGGUGGGAUUGGGGAGAGAUGGCCUUCUUACUUAACCCAUUGCACAAACACCAGAACUAAAAUCUGAGAUUUUUGACAGUAAAACUUGAAUAAAUUAAACACUAAUUUAAUGUAUCCCAUUUCUAUCCCAAUUCGUUUUAAAAACAGUUAUUUUGCAGAAAUUUAUUUCUAUUAAGUGCAUUGCUUUCUUUCAAAGUAAAAAUUGCAGUCAUGCCUCAAAAUUCAAAUAUUCUGUGCACUGACCCAACAGCAGUACUGGUUGCAUUGGUUUAGAUCUAAUUUCCAAUGAUUUUUACAUGGAAUAACAUGGCCCAUAACAACAAGAGGUCUCCUUACUUAUUUCUAUACCUAAGCCUUGCCCAAAAAUUCUCAUUCACCCUCUUUCAUGUGUCUCUAAACUUAAUCUAGUUCAUACUGGCUAAUUAGUCCCCUUCAAUCAGAGAAAGCUUUUGUGAUUGCUAACGCCAGUACUAAAGUUGAAUGAGGAAAGUCAUGUCUUUGUCUCCCUUAUAAAGUGAACUUGUACUUUGUCAAAACCUAAAAGCAAGCAGUGAAAGGGCACCUUUAAGAUCAAUUAAGGGUGGGUAACAAAUUUUGGCCUUGCCAGCACUGCUCACUUCCUAGGAACAAUGAAAAGCACAGCUAUUGUAGUAUUUGAUCUCCAACUUUACAUUUGUGCUAUCCACGAGAGUAAGGAAAACAUAAAAGGAGAGAACAUCAAGACAUUCUUCCCAGGCACUUGCAAAUAAAAAACAGAUGCUUUGUGUGUGCCAAACUAUUGACAUAAAACAAGAGUAUUAAUUUCAAAUCCGAGAACUCUGUCCUGAUGGACCAAUAGUUAUAGUCCAUGGCAAGAGUUGCAUGCAGCUGGUACAGAUGGGUAGGGGUGUGAAAUAGGCAGUGGUUUCCACACUUCCACCCCCAUGUCCCUUUGGUUUUCAGUGAUGACUGCUGCAUUAUAUUUGUGUAUAUUGAGCCACAGGCAAAAAGCCUGCUUUGGAAUUUGGCUUGUUAAUUAUUCAAUAUUGUUCAUGAUUCUGGUUUCCCUCAAAAAAAAGUCUGAACCCUCUACAGAUGUAUGGCCCAAAUGAGGAUUGGCAGCUAGGAGUGUCUAUUAUGGCCAAGAAAAAUCAAAUACAGUUUUAGUCAUUAUGUAUAGGUCCUUCGUCUGUCUGCCUGGAAUGUUCAGAGUCUCUUCCACAGAGUAGCUACAGAAGUUGAAUUGCUCUUAACUGUGAGUGAACUUCAUUGAAGUACCAAAAUGAGAGUAGCAAGAGUACCUUAAAAUAUGUUUGGGCAAGGAGGCCAAGUGGGGUUUCUGGUCUGUCAUAUAUAUUGAGUAAAACACGAAUUGUUGAAAUGAUUCUGGUGAUUUUAGAGUCUGGAAAGCUUGUAUUUCCUCAUGUACAUUGAUUUAUAAAGUGAACAAUUUUUUUAAACAUACCAUACCAUAAUAUUCCAAACAUGGAAUGAUUUUGAUUUGAUAAAUCCUUUUUUAUUGGAUUAAAUAUGUAAAUCCUGCUUUAUCUAAUAAAACAAAAGAUAAGCUAUUA